AUGUCUGUAGCAGAUCACUCCACGCCCAGCGCAGGCACCGGGUCACAACAUGUCAUCCCGAAUGGUGAUCAGGUAGUCGAGAUAGAAACCUUGGUCAUUGGCGCCGGACCUACUGGUCUAGGAGCAGCGACACGCCUUGACCAGCUGGGGAGGUCAUUCAUCAUAGCUGAUUCUGCGGACGCUCCUGGUGGAUUGGCAAGUACAGAUGUGACAUCAGAGGGGUUCUAUUUCGACGUUGGUGGUCAUGUCAUCUUUUCACACUAUGCGUAUUUCGACGACGCUUUGCAUCGUGCUCUGCCGAACGACGAGGACUGGAGCACGCAUCAAAGAGUCAGUUAUGUUAGAAGCGCAGGCAACUGGGUUCCUUACCCAUACCAGAACAACGUAUCGCAGCUACCUCUCGACCUUCGAGUAAAAUGCGUCGACGGUCUCAUCGCUGCGGCAGAACAUCGAGCCCAGACGCCAGGUCACAAGCCCAAAAACUUCGACGAAUGGAUCGUGAGAAAUAUGGGCGAGGGCAUCGCAGAUCUGUUCAUGAGACCUUACAACUUUAAGGUAUGGGGAACACCAACAAACAAGAUGCAAUGCAAAUGGCUAGGCGAACGAGUUGCCGCACCCAAUGUACGGACUGUAGUCCGAAAUGCUUUAACUAUGCAGACAGCGGGUAAUUGGGGACCUAAUGCUACCUUUAAAUUCCCAAUGAAAGAUGGAACGGGUGGGAUUUGGACAGCGGUCGCGAAGCAACUUCCUUCAAAGCAAUUCAGGUUGAGCAAAUCAGGGGAAGUCGUCAGAGUGGACGGACCAAGCAGAACGGUCGAAUUUGGUGAUGGCAGGAGAAUAAAAUAUAAGAAUCUGAUCUCGACAAUGGCUUUAGACGGAUUCCUAGAUUGUCUCGAUGGUGGGGCAGAGCACAGGUCGGUUGACAGGAUGAGGUCGAUCGCCAAGGAGGGUCUGGUAUAUUCAAGCACGAUCGUUUUGGGUAUUGGAAUCAGGGGUAACCGGCCAGAUAGGAUCGGCGACAAGUGCUGGCUGUACUUCCCCGAGGAUGAUGCUCCGUUCUAUCGGGCUACAAUCUUCUCCAACUACUCCCCAUACAAUUGUCCUUCAGACGAUGUCAAACUCCCCACUUUGCAGAAAGCAGAUCCUUCUUUGCCUUUCGAUAAAGCUCCUUCAGGAGGUCCCUACUGGAGUAUCAUGCUGGAAGUCUGUCAGUCGGCUGAGAAACCAAUCGACCUGGACACGUUGAUGGAAGAAACCAUCAAAGGAGCGGUGUCCACCGAAUUGAUGCUGCCUACCGACGAGAUCGUUUCGAUAUACGAGCGAAGGUUUGAUCACGGGUAUCCGACACCAUCAUUGGGUCGAGACGGAGCUUUAUCUCAGAUACUUCCCGCUCUGCGAGAUGAAUUCGAUAUCCGUUCAAGAGGACGAUUCGGUUCUUGGAAAUACGAGUGUGGAAACCAGGAUCAUUCAUUCAUGCUCGGAGUGGAAGCUGUAGACAAUGCUCUAUUUGGAACUCCGGAGAUGACUCUACAUGAGACAGACUGGGUCAACGGUCGUCGGAAUAUAGAGAGAAGGUUGGUGUGA